CGUCUGAGAGCAGUAAUUUCGUUAAAAAUUGGACUUGGACAUUAAAUAGCCAAUUUUAACCAACUACGCUAAUUUGCGUUCUAAUUUUCAAAUUCGACUUUUUCCAAAUUCGUCAAUAAAACAGCAACAACGGGAAUUAUUUCAGGGCCGGUCUGCACGUCACGGAAAUAUAAUUCAAUCGAUACAGACCGGCGGUAGAGGAACACGCGCAAAACUCGCUGUUCCCUAAAAAUGGCUAACCCAGACGGUCUGGAAUAUCACAUCAAAUUCCCCAAUCCCAAUUUCAAUUACAACCAGAACAAUGCCGAGUCGGAUUUUGUUUUUGUCGUCAAUGAGGAAAAACUACCGGUUAUUGUUUUGUUCGGAUGGGCCGGCUGCAAAGACAGAUAUCUGGCCAAAUAUUCGCAGAUAUACGAGGAAAGAGGAUUAAUUACUUUAAGAUAUACAGCGCCGAUAAAGCUACUGUUUACCAAACGACAUUUAAUGGCUGUUAUCGGGGAAAAACUAGUCAAACUAUUAUUUGAUUUGAACUUUGAAACUCAUCCGAUAUUUAUCCAUUGUUUUUCUAAUGGUGGAGCGUUCCUCUAUCAGAACUUUUCAAUAGCAUUAGACAAACAAGUCAAACCCCUUCAGAUAAAAGGAGUUAUAUUUGAUUCAGCACCGGGUAAACGACGAGUAAUGAGUUUAUUCAGGGCUAUAUCAGCCAUUUUGGAAGGCAAUAUAAUUUACAAUUUUUCUGUGUCUUUUAUUAUGACAAUGUUUCUGUCGGUCGUCUGGCUGUACGAGAUUGUUAGGAACCAGUUUUCUCCUAGAUUAAAUGUCCAUAGUCACAAUCCUUUUGAGAAUUUACAGAAGGAAAAAAACAGAUGUCCACAGUUGUUCAUUUAUUCAAAGAACGACGACCUUAUACCGCACACAGAUAUUGAACAUUUCGCAAAGGUUCGAAGAGAUAUGGACGUUGAUGUGUCAACUGUAUGUUACGAGACAAGUUUACAUGUCAAGCAUCUACCUGAAAAUAGAGAGAGCUACGUCACCAGUGUUUUUCAAUUUAUUAACAAAUGUCUGAACGGUAUUAAGUGAACUUAGGAUCUCUUAGCAUUUUUCCAGGCUUUAAAUAUAAAAUGUAAUUUAUUAGAAAAUUAUUUGUAAGACCAAAAUAUUUGUUAAAAUGUUUUAAAAUUAUCUAGACCAAACAAUGUAUAGUAUAUUUGAUCAAAAUUUUGUGAACAUUAAUGUGAUGAACUCAUUAAUAUUGAAUACUUACACUUGAGAAUCACGAAAUAACACACUAUGUUUGUAUACAGGGUGAGUUUGCUACGAUGUUCUCUAUGGGUAUCUCGGAAACUACUGGAGAUGGAGAGUCGGUUAAAUG